AUGCCUUCGAAGUCGCCAGGCAAGAUUUCAUCGGCCUCGGAUCUCCCGGAGGAAAGCCUUGAAGCUAUAACGGAAAGACUGGCAAAGCUCGAAAAGACGAGUGAAGACAGCUCCAUGUUUUCUUCUCCGCCAGAAAAUGACGAUACAAGUCUGACUACUACACUAAGUGUGUCCCCUCAAGCGAGAUCUGCUGACUCAACUCGAGUGGCUGCAAAACGAAAGUAUCAAGCCUCAACGACCUAUGAAUCAAGCACUUCUGGCCACCAAGACUCGAAGCGGAAGAUGUCUCUCAAUAUCGAUUCAAAGGCUCACAACGAACGAAAUUCUCCUGAUGCAACGCGACAUGCCAGCGAAGCUCGUGAGUUCAUUGAACAUGAGCUUCAGUGCAAUCCAACUCUUUCACAGGACAGGCGGACUACUCUAGAGUUGGCCCAGAGGUUUGUCGGUCAGCUUUCAAAUCCUCGAAUUCACGGACAAAAGUCAAAUACCGCAGAGCAUUUGGGGGUUGCCGACAAUCUAGGACCUCCUGUUCUGACGCCUGAGUUAUUGUAUAUGAUGCUGCCGGGAACCGACAAGAGAACAAACUCGCAAGGUACAUAUGUGUGGCCGGACCAUAUAACAGACAAAACUCUAGAGCGAAUGGGUCUUGCGAUUAUCGAGCGCAGUGAAGGUGAACCAGUACUGCAUCUUUAUCGGAUCAGCGUCUGGGUGAAAGCGCUUUCUUGCAUUUCAAAAAUGGCACCUUUGAUCUCAAGUGCCCCGUUGAGAGUUCAUUUCAGAGCUCUGAAGAAACAAUAUGAGGCAGCUGCCAAUGAAGAAUUGGAUUCGAUUUCUCUCACUGCUGUGCCAAGUCUUCCCUUGCUUCAAGCAUUGCUUUCCGGCAAACGCCUUAUGCAAUACUUGGGCAACAUGUCACGAUCUUGGAUGUUCAAUGCCCUCGCAUCGAGGAUCAUCGUCGCACUCAAUUACCACAAUAUCACCGACCCUGUGCCACACAAUGAGACCGAAGAGGAAAUUCACGCAUGUCUAUAUACAUGCUACUACUUUGACAAAACUCUUAGUGUGCUCCUUCUACGACCACCAUCUUUACCAGAUCUCAAGGUCGAUCCAACACAAUUAAUCCACAUGGACCCUGAUCUACCGACAACGCCUAUCAUUAGAGGAAUCGUCGAGUUCGCACAUAUCAAGAGUACUCUGGUAAACAUUCUUCUGGACUCCAACAAAAUGGGAGAUAUGGACAAGGCAAAUGUGUUGUCUAAUCUCGUGGCACGGGCACAUGCGGUCCACUCAGACCUGGAAAUUCAUCGGAGCCGCCAGGAGCAAAGAUUCUCUACAUCUUGGGGGACCAUUCAGCGUGAAUGGCUCUCGAUGGAUUUCAACUACUAUUCGGUUCUGACGACGAUCAUUCGUGCACGAUCGUCCGUGCUCAAGUCUCGCCUGGUUUGCGAGGAGUGUCUAUUCACGGCUCGGAAAGCACUUACUACUCUUCGGGCGAUGCAAGAGGCAUUCUCAGGCCAUGCCACUUCUGUCGAUUCCUAUCCUUCAUUUCUCACCUGGUAUACAUUCCACCUUGCACUUCGGAGAAGAAUGAAGCUAACGGGUCUAGGACGAUGUUACUAUACCCGCUAUCUCCUUUCUUCGUUUUUUUUUGCAACGUUGUUGCAACAUCGGAUCAAAAGGGACUUCGAGAUGAUCAAAAAGAUCACCGAUGAUCUACGUCAAUUUGCUAAAGCCAACGCCCCAAUUGGGAAACUAUACGGCUUAUUUUCGAAAUUUCUAGACUUAUGUACGCCGCUGAUAAAGGGAAAUACCGGAUUGACUUCUUCGAGUGUAACGAUAUCUUCUCUUUCGAAUGACCCCUCGAACUUGAAUAUAGUGAUGUUUGGUCGUGCUGAUAGGGCCAUUGAUACCCUCCCAAGUCCUGUCACUACUACUAGCAAGGCUCCCACUGCCGGGAUAUCACAGUCUAUGGAAGGAUGGGAUGAUAGUCUUAUGUGGGAGCUAUUUGACAAUCAGCCGUCUCUUGGAUGGGCGGAGUCCGAACUCUGGGAUGCAAUGACCCAGUUGAGUUCUUAA